AUGUUGUACAUCGCCUCGGCACUCACGCCGACGCCGAUAUCCCACACAGUCCUAGUGUCGGACUUGACCGCUCUUGGCACCCAGAGCCUUGUGAUCGCCAAGCCUGACCGUCUCGAAGUGUGGGAUGUCGGCUGGAAUGGACUCACCCCACGCGGAGACUUCAUGACCUGGGGUACUGUUGCUGGCCUCGCAACAGUCAACGUGCCGGGCACGAAACCACACAUCCUCGUCCUCGUUGGCCCGCCUAGCGCCCGCCUCCUCCUCCUCACCUGGGAUGAGAGGCUUAUCGUCACCGCCUCCCACCCCCUCCGGCCACCAACGCCCGCUCUUCGGAGACAAGAGUUCUUCACCGGCGCUGUGGUGCAGGGGAACAUGGCGCUAGUGUCCAUGUGGACCGGGCUGCUGGCUUGCGCCGAGAUGGAGAUGGAGAAGGCCGGGGAUAUGAAGCGGCGCGUGAACGACGAAAAGACAAAGGAAGAGAGGCGACUGGUGUUCAAGACUGUAUACAGUAUCAAUAUCCGCGAGCAUAACCUUCUCGGCUUUACCUUCCUCCCUCGCCCGGGGGGCGCCGAAACAACCCUCAUGUUCCUCUGGAUGAACGAGCACCACAAGAUCCAGAUCGGUGCACGUGUAUUGGUCAAGCAGCGCCUGCUUGAACGCGGGAACCCGGUCGACGUCGUCAAUCCAACUCUGGCGGAGAUUGAGCCCAACGACGAUCUAGACUUUAACGAAAUCCCCUUCUCGUGUCCCGCCGCAAGGAGUAUCCUCGCCGUUUCUGGACGACAUGUGCUCGUGGUCGGCGACGAGCAUGCUGUGCUGUACGACGUGAGCGAGGCCAAGGCUAAGCGCGCGGCUGCGAAGCGGAGCCCACAGACCGAGACGGGUGGCGUGGGGAAGCGGCGAAAGAGCAGCAUGUCGGGGCGCGGGGUUAGCACCGACCACGAGGCAAAUCUGGCCAUACUGCCCGUCUGGCGCAUGCGGCAGGGAUGGGGGACGGUGUUGGCAACGACCGUGUUGCGGGCGAAUGAGCGCGGCGCGAGCGUCGUGCUCGGUGAUGAGCGGGGACGUCUCACUGCCAUCGGAUGGGAAUUUGACGGCUCGGACAGCGUGCGGGUCGGCAAAGUUGAUCUGGGAAUUGCAUCACCCCCGACCGCCCUCACAUACAUCGACAACGGCAUCAUGUUCGUGUCCUCGGCGUGUGGCGACUCGCUGCUCGUCUCCUUUAGCCUGCCCGAGAUGGGGCAGGCGCAGUCAGCAGGCACGACUGCACCACGUAAUAUCAAGGGCAAGGGCCGCGCGCAGGACAGCAUCGACAGCGGCGCAUGGACGAUUACGCUUGACGACGAGGCGACGGCAGACCAGAGCGUCAUGGAGCGGUGGAUGAACCUGGCGCCACUCAAGGACCUCGCGGUAGUCGAGGAGGAGGACGGCCGCGUCUCCCACCUCGUCGCUGCGUCGGGCUCGGCCAACACCAACUCGCUCCGCGUCGUGCGCAGCGGCGUCGGCCUCGAGACCGUGGUGAGCGUCGAGGGCAUCGUUGGGAUAGAGCGCAUCUGGGCGUUCGACCGUCGGGACUCCCUUGCACAAGACUCGAUGCUCGUGGUAUCCUUCGCGGCGUCGACGGCGGUUUUGGACGUCGGUGCCGAGAUCACGCAAGUCGAAGUGCCUGCAGAGUUUGCUGCCGAGCCAACACUGGCAUGCCAUACGAACUACGGCGGCCUGGUGCAGGUCACUCCCUCGGGUUUCAAGAUCUGGGCCACUGAGAGCCAGCGCCUCAACCCCGACACUAAGCUGUACGCGUCCGUCGAGGAGGAGGAGGUCGUCGCCGCUGCCUUUGCGAACAACUGCCUCCUCAUCGCGUUGCGCAACGGUGUUCUCAGGCUUUAUUGCUGCGGGUCGCGUGGCCUCGAGUAUAUCGAGGAGAGCAAGCCCGGGCGCGAGGUCUCUGCGAUCGCCUUCCACCUCGAGCUCGAGGACAACACCUCCAGGAACGGGUCCAGCAACCCGGGGAACUUGAACCUGGGUCCUGAAGACUUGAAUGCUGGCGUUGGGGUCGUCGCGGCUGCCUACUUUGAUGGCACGAUCGCCGUUUUUCACACCAAGGACAUGCGCAAGGACGAACCCCCACUUCUGGCCAAGACGCGCGAGCGUGCACACGCUAUGUCGCUCCGGUUUUACAUCGACGAGAGCGGGGUGCUGCGCCUCAUGGCGGGUCUGGCGGACGGAACUCUCGUCAGCUACAAUGCGGACCACUUUGGGCUCAAGAGCAACCUGACAAAGGGCCGCAUGCAGAGCGCACUCGGGUCGCGCCCGCUCGUUAUCGCCGACCUGGAGAUCAAGUCGGAGCGGUUCGACGAGCGCGUCGUCGCGGCGGGAAUCAGUGACCGGCUGUCGCUGGUCUUCGAGUCGCGAGGGCACCUCGAGUUCUCGGCCAGCGGGAAGAAGAACGUCGUCGCUGCGACUACAUUGUCGGCGCCCGGGAUUGGCGACGUUCUUGCUCUCGCCACGCACCAAGGCAUCACGCUGGAGCGCCUCACGUCCCUCAAGAAAUUACAGGUGCUCACCCGUGACACGGGCGACUCGAGCGCGACGCGUCUUGCGUACGUCCCCCAGCAGAACAUCCUCGCUGUGGGCAGCGUCACUCGCUCCCUGGACCCGGAGACGGGCGACAUCUUCCAGGCCUCCAGUCUGGACCUGCACAACCCGGCCACGCUCGAAUUCCUCACCGACUACCAACUGCCCGAAAGGGAGGCUGUUGCGAGCGUGACUUCCGUCUUCCUGAACGGACGGCACUACAUCGCGCUCGGCACAGCGAUCUUCUCCUCGCCCGAGGCACUUGACGAGGCCAACAUUGGCGAGGUGAACUCGUUCACCGGUGUCGAGAAGGGCCGCAUGUUCCUCAUGGAAGCGACUGAGACCGGGGGCAAAUGGUCGCUCGAUUUUAUCGAGACGGUGGACACGACUGGCGCCGUAUUUGACGCGGCGGUGAUUCACGGUUUCCUGGUCAUCGCGAGCGCGAACAAGGUGUCCAUCCUCCGCCUGUCCGAGGGGAAGCUCCAAGAAACAGCGUCCUUCACCUUUGCCUUUGAGGCGCACCACCUCUCGGUCCUCCCUCACGACGACACUGAGCUCCUUGUGCUGGGCGAUGCGAUGCGGAGCAUCAUUGUGCUCGAGAUCGACGACGAGUCGGGCGAGAUACGCGCCGACCACCGCGACAUGGCGCCUCACGCCGUCCGCGCAUUAGGGACAGUUAAGGACGGGUCGACGGACGUGAUCCUUACCGACGGCAAUGCCAACCUCCUCACGUACAGAAUGGGCGAAAGCCUGGUACCUGCAGCGUCGUUUGGACUGCACGAGGACGUUGCGCGCUUCAGAACUGGUGCGCUGGCAGCGACGCAUCCCAAUGAACUACAGCCGGACCUGCUCUUCGCCACGGCUGAUGGGCGGUUGGGUAUUGUGGGCCAACUUGGGGAGAGUGCUACGCGUACACUGAGCGACCUGCAGCGCAACAUGGCAAAGUACAAGCGCGGUCCUGGGAAUGUGGAGUGGCGAGAGUUCCGUCGCGGGGGAAGCAGCCUCGUGCCCAAGGAAACAGCUGGGUUCAUCGACGGCGACUUUGUCCAGACCUUCCUUGACGACGGCGACAAGCGGUACCUCGACGGUGCGACGGAGCAUGAGCGCGUCGCACAGAUUGUGGACGGGGCGAAGAAGACGGCGAGUGCCAAGCAUGUGCGCCGCGUGCUCGAGUCGUGUGGGGGGAUGCACUAG